AACAGUAUCACUGGGAAUUAGCAGGCUGGACCUGCCUUAACGCACCAUGAGGAACCUUCAGCUACUCCUUGUCCUGUCCAUUGGCACUGCCAUCCUUGCAUUUGAUACCUGCCCAAGUGACCGUUGUGAAGACUCAUGCAAGAAUCGCUGUGGAGACAAGCCAAGCAAAUCCUUCGGAUGUCAAUGCAAUGAGAAGUGUGAGCAGUUUGAUGACUGCUGCCAUGACUACCACUUGUGCCUAUAUAAAGACGCUUCCUUAGAUGAAUCCUCUCAUCACAGCAAAUCAGUUAAAGACGCUUCCUUAGAUGAAUCCUCUCAUCACAGCAAAUCAGAUCGUUCUUGCAAAGGAAAAUGCACAGAGAAAUACAAUAAGAAGAACUCCUGCCACUGCAGCAAGAAGUGCAAGAAAUUCGACAACUGCUGCAGUGACUAUGAGACAGUAUGUGGGGGGAAAGCCAGUAGUAAAGACAACACUGGCAGCUCUAGUAGCAUCCGUGAUGGCGGCAGCAGCAAGAGUUGCAGCAGUGGAACAGAUAUCAGCAAUGAUGAGAUUAAAGCAGUAUCAGAGAAGCUGUACAAACUGGAUGUUAACAAAGCAGGAGAAUCUGACAUUAUUCUAAAUAAACAGGACAAGGCACAUAAUACGAGAGAGAAAGAGGAUCUGUGUGACGAACCCUUGUACAAGUACGUAAAUGAAAAACUUUUCACGCGUCCAACCUACGCUGCCUUCAUUGCUUUGCUGGACAAUUACGAUAGGAAGACAGGAAUAGACGAGACCUACUGUGAUGCUGAAAUUAAGGAGCAAGAGCACUUCCUGCAGGAAAUCAUGAAAACCAAACUUUUAAAAGAGCUUUACAGUUUCUUCCAGUCAAAGGGUUUGUACAAAACGGAAAAGGAGUUCGUGAAGGACCUGCAACAAAUGUGGUUUGGGCUUUACUCUCGAUCCACAGGUGCAGAUUCAAGUGGAUUUGAGCACGUGUUUGUAGGGGAAGUAAAGAAGGGAAUAGUGUCUGGAUUUCACAGCUGGAUCCGGUUCUACAUGUUGGAAAAGAAGGGUCUAUUGGAUUAUUACAGUUACAACUUUGAUGGGCCGUGGACCUGUUACCCUGAUGUUCUGGGGAAGCAGUUUUACUGGGACGGUUUCUAUAAGGAAGUCGGGAGCCAGUUCAUCGGCUCCAGUCCCGAGUUUGAUUUUAGCAUAUACACAUUGUGCUUCAUCAGUCGACCGGGCAAGAAAUGUAAAAUCAGCUUGGGAGGCCAUGGGCUUUCUAUACAGACCUACGUAUGGACCAAGUCGACCUAUGACAAUGGCAAGAAGUUCAUUGCAACGGCUUAUGCUGAGUCUUAAUAUGUAAUUGGAACCUGGGAUGUGGACAACUUUUGUUUAUUAGAAACCUUACAAAUGAAACUUGAAUAUCAGAGUGAUUCUGAUCUAUGUCAAUGUAAUGAAGCAAGCAAACACUAUCAACACUGCCUAGCACAGACCAAUAAGCAGACACAAUUAUUCUUCUAUAUGAAAGUAGAGAAAAUGGACAAAGCCCGAUGUCAAUUCAUUUCCAUAAAUGAUGUACAUCAUGGCCCCACGUUCAUUUGAGCUGUGACAUGGCCCAAGAGCAUGGCAUUCACUCACUGCUAGCUGAUCUACAUGAUAUAGGGGAAGACAUUCAAAGUGCACAUUUCCUAUACUACAUUGACAUCAAUUACAUUACUUUCACUCAACAUACUCAUUUUAAAAUAUUUUUUUUUAAAUGUAAAUCAUACAACACUGAAGAAUUGUGGAGGAAAUAAAUAAAAUAAAUGGGCCAUAAAA